AUGAUUCAACUUGAUGAGCGUUUCAUAGAAAAUCAGUGGUCUCGCAUUGCUCAUCGAGCACGAGAAGAGGAACUCGACUGGCGGGUCAAAGAGAAUGUUGUCGACACUAUCAUCUCUUUCAUAUGGACAUGGCUACCUUCAGCGACAUUCUCUUGGCACGCUUUGGGUGAACAAGAGCAACUGACCGUAUCCGAGGCAUUUACCGCAGUCGCUCCGUUCUCACAGUCAAGCAUUUCUUAUACCAGUAACCACGCAGAAUCCCACAGCCCCGGGCCAGAUGACAACAGAUGCGAUCUCCGUCCUUUUAUAUAUCCCUCACGGUUCCCGCGGCAGUUCAAGAAAAUAGACGAAGUAGCUGCAGUCCUGCCUGAUCGCUCGAACCAAGCUGCAGUCUGCAGAUAA